AUGAGUCACUACGAGACCAACCCUUUCGCCGAUGAAGAGGUCAAUCCUUUCGCGGAUCCAUCGGUUAAGAAAGGAUCAGGCGCCCGUGGAGGUGGAGGUGGAGGUGGAGGUUCACUUUUUUCUACAGUGAGUUAUUUUGCUUGCUCAGGGAUUUCACCCCUUCCUCCCGAACCGUAUGAGAGUGGUGCAACAAUAGAUAUUCCUCUUGAUACUCAUUCUACCGAGGAUGUCACAUCAAAGGAGAAAGAACUUAGAGCAAAAGAGGCUGAACUGAAAAGGCGAGAGGAGGAAUUAAUGACGAAGGAGGAAGCAAUAAAAAGAGCUCGAAUAGUGAUAGAGGUGAAAAAUUGGCCAGCAUUUUUUCCGAUUAUCCAUAACGACAUCGCAAAUGAAAUACCAGUCCACCUACAAACAAUCAUGUAUGUUGCUUUCGCAACAUUGAUAGGUUUGGUUAUCUGUCUUCUCUACAAUAUGGUGGCUGUUACUACAGCAUGGACCAGGGAUACAGUGGGCCCAAUAAUUUGGCUUCUUGCUGUUAUAUAUACCUUAACUGGCAUCCCUGGAGGCUUUUACUUCUGGUAUCGCCCUCUUUAUCAGGCUGCGAGGUCUGACAGUGCGCUGUGGUUUGGAUCGUUUCUCUUAGUUUUCUCGGUCCAUAUAGCGUUUUGCAUCCUUGCUGCAAUUGCUCCUGAAUUGUUUUUCAAGGGCGGGUCCAUAACGUAA